AUGUUCUCUAAAAUUCUUGUUUUAGCUGCAGCUUUAGCAGUAGCUCAAACUGGUAACCUGGGUCACGGAUCUCAAUACAACGCUUUGAAUCAAGGAUCACUUUACGGUGCCCCAUUAGGCCAUGGAGCUGCUUUGGGUGCAUCGGCUCACGGUGCCUCUUUAGGGCUGAACGCUGGACUUGCAAGUGCUGACCCAUGGGCUUCUCCACUCGGCUACAACGCAGGCCUUGGUGCAGCCGCACCUCUCGCUCAUGCUGGUGCCCUCGGCUACGGCGGGCCUCUCGCCCAUGGAGGACUUGCAUCACCCCUUGGCCACGGCGCUCCUCUAGCUAACGCAGGAUUGUCUCAUGCACGUGGUCCUCUCGUGCAUGCAACAUCCACCGCUAACGUACACUCCUUACAUUAUGCUUCUUCUCCCCUUGGUGGCAUUGGAGGGAACGCCGGCCAUUACGCAGCUAGACCACUUGCAGGAGGUUACGCUGGCCCUCUUGCAGGAGGCUAUGCCAGUCCACUAGCCGGAGGCUACGCUGGUCACCUUGCAGGACACGGCGGCUCACUUAUAGGAGGCUAUGCUAGCCCACUUGCAGGAGGUUAUGCCAGUCCUUUAGCCGGAGGUUAUGCCAGUCCACUAGCAGGAGCCUACGCUGGUCCACAUGGAGCAGGAUAUGCCGGUCUGAAUGCAGGAGGAUAUGCUGGUCAUGCUGGUGGUUAUGCCGGUGGUUAUGCCGGUGGUUACGCUGGUCAAUACGGUGCUGCUAAAGAUUACUAUUCCUACCCCAAGUACAAAUACUCUUACUCCGUGGAGGACCCUCACACCGGUGACAACAAGGCACAGCACGAAAGCCGUGAUGGGGAUGUCGUGAAGGGCGAAUACUCCCUGGUGAACCCAGAUGGCACUUACAGGAAAGUGUCCUACUCCGCCGACGACCAAAAUGGUUUCAACGCGGUUGUACAAAACUCCGGACCAAACCAUCACGUCUACUCUGCUCAAUACCACCAUUAA